UCAAUCUUCAUGUGCGCCAUCUUCCGUGAAAAUUCCCAGACAGGAGCACUAUGUUAGGAUUUCAAGAGAGGCGAACUUCAGACUUGUCAGGUGUGGCGUGACCUGACAGAGUGGAUGUGGCUCCCACACAGCACACCAUGUCCGAUGCUGACAUCAUGGCUGAGGCGUAUGCUACCGACGGAAGCAGAACCCCAACACAGCCGGCUGUGGAAGAAAAUGGGGAGGGAGGAGGAGCAGCAGACAAAGAACAACAGUCAGAUGCCUUGGAUAUGUCUCAUACACCUGUCUCCCGCUUUGGCCGCAAGUUCUCCAGUCCAAACCUUGUAUCAAGUGCCAUGAUGAACAGCCUCCGCUAUGGGCAUAGUAACAAGCUGGCCUGUCGCUACUGUGGAAAGACUUUCUCACAGGCAGGCUACAUAAAGGCGCAUGAACGAUUGCACACAGGAGAAAAACCAUUUGCUUGUUCUGUGUGCGGUAAGCGAUUUAGUGACCCAAGCAAUUGGAAGAAACAUGAGCGAGUCCACUCUAAUCAUAGUAACAACAAUGUAGGAGGGGGUGGGGGUGGGGGUAGCAAUUCUUCCAGUCCAAAGACCCCACCAGUUCCGCAGCCACAGUCAUUGGUCAAGUCUGAGAGUGAAAGGAGCCUUGUAAUUCGGGCAGCCAGCUCAAUGAUCACCUCCUCUUUGCAGCAAAGGAUGCUCAAUGGGACCGAGAUGAAUUCUCCCAUUGUCUGCAAGCUAUGUGGGAAGGUAUUUUCUAGUCAAAGCAGCCUGAGCACUCACAAGAGAAUCCAUACAGGUGAGAGACCCUAUACCUGUAUAUCCUGUGGCAAGAGCUUCACCCAGAUAGGCACGCUACGGACUCACGAAAGGAUUCACACAGGGGAAAAGCCCUAUGUCUGCAAGGUCUGUGGGAGGACGUUUGCUCAGAGUGGAAGCUACAGGAUGCAUGAGCGGAGGCACAUGACUGACACAAUCCAGAGAUGCCACAUCUGCUACGCUACAUUCACAAAAUGGCAGGAUUUGCAGCAGCACAUGACAACCCACCCCCAGAUGUCGGAAGCCAUGAUGGACUACUCUCCACCUGGGCUCGUGAGUCCAGGUCACCAGCCCAGUGACCAGAAAGAAGAUCUGAGGGGUCCUAGUCUUCCUGUGUCCCACGCAGACACUAUCCUGCUGGAGGGCGAGGGGCAUUUCCAGGCACAGUCAGUGUUUCAGGGUCAACUGCCUCCCUUCUCCUCAAUCAUGCCGUUUCGAUCGCCAGUAGGAACAUCAUUUUCCCCCAGCUUGUCUGCUCCUCUCAGCAUGUACACAUCGUCACCUAUCACAUGCCUCCCUGACCAGCCCGAGAUGGGUCUUCUACGGCCCCAGUACUUCCCCAGUAUGAGCUUGGCAACACAACUUAAGCUUCCCGAGCAGACGUCACCCGUGUCAACACCUACUGGCACCACAGAAAAUAAUGAGGUGGUGAGCACAACCAGCCAUGGCCAGAUCCGCAAAUAUAGCACUGAGUCCCAUAACUCGCCCCCAAUUUCCACACUAGAUGCCCAAGGAGAUGCCAACAGCAAGACGGAUCAAGAUGCUGACACAUCCCAGAAUGCAGGGGGACUGAGUGAGUCCAGUGACAGCGGCUCCCAGACUCCUGAUGGAGUGGAAAACGGAGGAACUGAUGAUGCCCAGCCGUUGGCCAUCGAGAGGCAGAAUCUCAACACUCGCAUGAUGCCAUCUUCCUCAAGCGGACGUAAGCAGCGUCACCCCAUGCGACGUUACAGCAGCAGCGCCAGCAGCGAGCAGGAGAUGCCUCAGUCGACUUCCUGCCUUCCCACCAACAUACACACCAAUGGGAUGAAACUGCCUGCGGAGCCGAAUGACGCCGAGGACGUGGCGCUGGUGUCUUAUCUCCUGUGGAAAGGUAAGGUCUACAAGUGUGAACACUGCCACAUCAUUUUCGAUGACUGCACCCUGUACCUUCUCCACAACGGCUUCCACUCUCAUGACUCCGACCCCUUCAAAUGUGUCAUCUGCAAACUCUCUUGUAAAGACCGCAUCGACUUCAACUGCCACCUGACAAGUCACAUCAAGUAAACACAGCAUCACAGUAACAGGAAAAAUACUUCAAAUAUUUUUGACUGCUAGUUUUUUUCAAACUAUGUAAGGUGGUGGACCACAUAUCACCAUGCUUUUGUUCAUCUAAUGAUUUGAUAUAUUUAGUGUUUUUUAAUUCUUCACUUGGACCACAGGUUGCUAAAACAAUUCUUGGUAAAUCAUUCAUUCAUGAAAAUGAUUAUCACUUUUGUACUGAUAGACGAAUUGUAUUAUUGUCUGUUCGACAGACUCUAAAAGAUGCCAUAGCCAAAACAAUAUGAUUAUUCCAUUGGCCAUGAAAGCUUUAUUUAUACAAUUUUGAAGUGCUUUUAUCAUGUUUUCAUGUUACAUUUGUGUAAACAUUUAUUGUUUGUAUUCACCAAGUAUGAUUCUCCAAAUCUUGAACAAGAAAUGUAUUUUUAUUGGAAAUCUGUGAAUACUACUGUAAUUUCAAUGUGCAGGGUAUUGUGUUUACGAGCGCAUGUCAGUGUAGAUAAAUAUUUACAUAUAUUCAUGUAGAAACAGGACCAAGCAUGAAGUAUUUAUUGUUUCUUUCCAGAUUCAACAUAAAAAGGUUAAGUGCAUUUGGUUAUAAUUUCAACAUUUGAUAAAUUUUUGCAUAAAUGAGAGCAUUAUAUAUUAAGCUGCAUUCAUAAUGUUUCAUAAUACUCAUUGACAUAUCUGCACCUCAUCUCCUGUCUUCUAGACGGGAUUUUAUGUGACAUCACUCUUGUCUGUCUUCUGUAUCAAGCAUUUCACAUUUUUAAGAGGUCUUGAGUCCUCUUUAAAAUGCCUAUUGAGAAAAAAAAAUCAAACAAAUUUUGAAAAUGAAACCUCAGUCUCAGAUGCACUGGCACACAGCAAGGAUACUGGGUGAAAAUGAUUCAUUGUGACAUAUUUCCUUUUUCUACUGCAUGUUCAUGUGCAAUGUGAAGGUUUGGGAUAUAGGUGUACUGUGUUAUCAUGUAAACCCAGCGUGUGUGGCUGCUCGCCUGUUUCAGUCUGCCAGUACAGCACUGUGUUGCCACCACUCAGAAUGUACUCACUGCUCCUUCUAGUCAACAUUGGCAGUGCCAUCAAUGUCAGUCUUGUUCAAGGUUUUCAACAAAUGUUAUUUUGCAUUCAGAACUGAUGUAGGAAAGUAGGUGUUUGGUAUCAUUGGGUUCUACUCUGUGGUAGAAGUUCUUACUGCAUUUGAUUUGUCGGCAGAGACCUGAGUAUCAAUUAGAAACUGUAUAUAGGAGUACCUGUGCUGUAGAAUCAUUCUCUUUUGGAGUUACUUUCGCGGUAUCAAGUUUGACAUGCCUGUUUGGAAGAACAUCAUCGUGAUGUUGUUCAGUUUGUCCGUGGACCAAAGGCAGGUGUGCACUGCAGUUGACAACAUAGGCGAGAUACAUCAGUUCCUGAACACGUGAAGGAAGUCCUUGGUGGGAUACCUACUCUGGGGAUUCCCAUCAUUGAGGAUGCUAGAUGCUGCUGCCAUCAUUAUAAACGGGCUACAAAUGCUGUGAGAUGUUUAUACAGACACUGUACUGUCACUGUUUGUGUUCUGGCCGCCAUGAUAUUACUCCUAAGGCUGCUGGCUGUAUGUACAAUAUUGUACACUUAUAUAUAUUACCGUCAAUGGUACAUUUGCCAGGAAAUAGUUUUCUUCAAUAUUCUUUAUCAGCCUGUUUAGUUUGAUGAAAGUGUUGACUACUUAGACCUUGAUGUGAUUGUGUUGUGGGUAUAUUCAUGUAUAGCUAGUGAGGCCAGCUCCUCCCCGGGGCUGAUGCAGGGGCACCUGCUGCGAAGGGGUGCCCCCUUCAGCACCAUACUUAUGUAUAUAGUGACCAUAGAUGAGGUGUGGGACAACACACCAACACACGUCAUGUAGUGGGGCUGCCAUUACACAUUGCAACGGAUUCAAAUGUCAAAAAUUGUUAUAUGCCAAAGAUCAAAAGAAAAGCUUUAUACUGAGUGUACUUACUAUUUCCUCGCCGCACAAAUUCCAGUUGUCCGUGUCAGUAAAACAGGGGACUAGUUACCUACUUACAUUUAAUACAGUUAUGUUCUUCAAAGUCAAAGUGUUUGGACCAAGUCAGAAGACUGAGUGAUAGUUUGAUAUUUUCAUAUACAUUGUACAUGUAUAGAUAUGCAUGCUUGCCAGUGUGAGGGCCGAGUGCCGACCAAUAGAUCUGACACUUUACAAAGUAAUUGGGCAGUGAUCAAUAUUGUUUAUCAUUCUUUCGUCAGUCAGUCACCUCAAAGGUGAACUUUUAUAUAUAAUCAAAGUUACAUUUAAUUUUCCUAUAUGAUAUUAUGGGUUUAGUAACAAUUUAUGUUAUUGCCCCAUUUAUUUGGGCAUUGUGUGUCAAGAAUAUAUUAUAUAUUUUAUGGAUGUAUUUAGCAGAUACCAUGUACAUGUAGGUAUUUUUUGUAAUCUGCCUGCUUUUGAUUAUAUUAUCAUGCAAUAGAUAUACGUGAUUACUCUGAUUGUCCAGAAUCAAAAUUCUUGAAUGUGAUUGUGAGGCCCCUGCUGCUGCUGCUGCUGCUGAUGUUGUCUAUGCUGCUGCCUGGAUAAUACGGGCCGACACAUAGCGGAGGGGGAGUACAUGGCUAGGACCAGGCUCCAGUGUGUGGCAGAUGUCCGACCUAUCUGCAUCACAGUGGUGGCCAGCAUGUGUUGUCUCAUUGUGUACUGGACAUGGCAGUGUUGGUAAGUAAAUGUGUGACGUGAAGGAUGACCUCGGCAUCACCAGCAGCAGCACCAGCAGCAGCACCACCAGCACCAGCUGCAGCAGGAGGCCUCAUCCUCCUCUUCCUCCUCCUCCUACUUUCCCAGUGUUCUCUCUGCCAAGCAGCAAACACAGGCCAGCUACACACCUUACACAUAUUAGUGUACACAUGCUUAAAGCAAUUAUGUGUAGUGGUGUUCUAGCAAUAUACACUGAAGUUGUUGUGUGAGCAGGCCUCCACUGGUCCGAGUCGCCAUCCAGAAGUGUGUCCAGUCACUAUAAACCCCGGCAGAAGGGCCACCAACCCAUCCCUUGCUGACAACUGGCAGUUGAUACACCACUACUCCCAGACUUAGCGUAAAGAGUGGGUGCCACUCACGUGUGUCCCGUACAUUCAGUACUUAUAACACAUCUAUUCUAUGAAACUUUGUGUGCCACAGUAAAUUGUAUCUGGUUGGUAAUCUCCACAUAUCUGUAGCAGUGGCGAGUGUCCUCCUUCAUGCCUAGCUUCAUGCUGUGGAGGAAAUCGAUCGAACUGACUGAAAAUAUCUGUGCUUGUGAAGACUUUUAUCAUCAUAUACAAAUUGUUUUUUAAUAUUUUUUGUACGUCUUUAUGUCUCUGUGGAUAAAUAUAUAAAUAUGAGAUACAAUAUUUUCAGUUGGAGGGUUUCAAAAGUAAUUUGGAGAUUAAAACCAACUUAGAGCCCCUUUUCCAGCUGCGUGUUUAAUGGAAGGUCAUUGAGUGACCUUGUGUCUCUGUCCGUCCACUUCAGUUGAUGCCAGGUAAGGUGAUCCUGGUGGCCUCUUCUCUAUGUACUGGCUGGUGACUCUGGACAGUGUGCCAGCCUUUCAUUGUGAUUUAAAGAUCAUCAUGCAACCAGCUAAGUCCAUCAUGUUUUUUAUUGAAAGCAAUAUAUUAUAUGGCCAGUCUUGUAUAAUGCCUUUACAGGACUCCUGUCAGUCUUCUCCAAGCCAUGCAGAUGAAGCUUCAAGCUACAGCAAUACUAACCAUGCCUACUUUAUCUCUAUUUUAUCUGUGGUGCUGGAUCAACAAUUACAUUUGUCUCAUAGUUAUAUUAUUUGUGUAACAUGACAUAUAUAUAUAUCUAUAUAUAUUUCCAGUUUUUGUCUAUUUUAAGUGAAUGGUGACAUCCUAGCUGACUACCUAGUAGUGGUGUCACAUGUUGGUUAGUGUUAAGACUGCUACUGCUAGCUAGAUGUGUUGUCUUGUGUAACUGUGGCCGUCUGUGCUGUCAUCCUGCCCCAUCACCUAUACAGCUUUGCAGCUCUCCACCUCUUGGGUUGACCUUGCCACACCCUACUUGAAGCUUGAAGACUGUUCCCCAUUUGCUGUUGCAAACUUCCUCACCCUAUGUGCCCAGUGCUUACCUGCUCUGUCCGACCCUAUCUUUAUACCUGCCAGGCAGCCAGUCUCUAC